AUGGAAAAUGGAAAUGGAAUACGACUGAGAGACGUAAGUGAUACCAAAGAGAUGGCGCAGUUGGAUCCAAAUUGUGCAGUUGUUGUGAAGAUGAGUAUGUUGAUCCUCGGUUUAAUGUUGAGGAACGUACCGGGUAUCAAGUAUAUAGGGGAGCAUAUUGACGCCAAGUGGUCGGGAACACUGAGGAAGGUUGCGUUAACUGUAAUCCUAACUCGUGCCGGCCUGGGUCUGGAUCUCGUGAAACUCCGGAAGAUGUGGUUGGCAGUCGUGCGGUUAGCUUUCCUACCGUGCACGGCAGAGAUCAUUACCGUGGGGGUCGUCUCUCACUUCCUGUUGGGGUUCCCCUGGGUCUGGAGUAUGAUGCUCGGAUGCGUACUUGGCGCGUUGUCACCGGCUGUUACUGUGCCCUCCCUUGUGAAUCUCCAAGACCGGAAGUAUGGCGUUACCAAGGGGAUUCCAACAAUGCUCCUCUCUGCCGGUGGCCUUGACAACGUCAUGUGCGUCACAGCUUUUUCGGUGUUACUUGGGAUUAUAUUUUCUUCCGGGGACAAUCUGGCUCUUACGAUUGCCAAGGGGCCUCUCGGCAUCGUCGCGGGUAUAGCGUAUGGAUUCGCGGCCGGAAUCUUCCUCUGGUACAUCCCUUCCGGAGACGGGCCUAACCGUGUGUUCUAUCGCUAUGUGAUGUUGCUAAGCGCUGGACUUAUCGCGCUAUUCGGUAGCUCGGAGGUCGGCCUGUCGGGCGCAGGACCUAUCGGCUGCCUCACCACCGCCACCGUCGCGGCCUACAAGUGGCGUCAGGGACGACAACCAGGGGAAAAGGACGCGGUUGCCGGUGUAAUGGCCUUGACCUGGAUGAUCGUGCAGCAUUUCCUGUUCGGCCUGAUCGGCGCCGCGGUGAACAUCGCAAACAUCAAGUCCGAGACAGCAGGUCUAGGUAUCGCCACGUUAGCUAUAGGUCUAGUUGCCAGGAGUCUCGUGUCUAUCACCGUUACUACGGGAAAUGGCUUCAACUGGAAGGAGAGGGUGUUUGUUACGCUCACUUGGUUAGCAAAGGCCACCGUGCAGGCGGCGUUUGGUGGUCUCGCGCUUGAUAACGUGAGACAGUCACAUGACCCGGACGGAAGCCAUUUGAAAUACGCUACGGACAUCCUGACAAUCUCGGUCCUCGCCAUUAUCAUCUGUGCUCCCGUGGGCGCCACGUGCAUUGCCGUGUUCGGGCCCAAGUUUCUCGUGCAAGGCGAUCAAGAAGAAGUUGAGGAAGAAGUGUCAAAAAAAGAAACGAAGGUCGAGAAAGUAGCACCUCCAGAGGUAGAGGUUGUAGUUGAUUUGGUGUUAGAAAAAAAGUCUGUCAGAAGUAGCUCGCAAGCCUCGCUAGCCAGUACUUCCUUCCAGUCAGAGCUCUCGUCGGUCUUACGAAGACGUUCAAAGGCCGAUAUCCUUGGUUUUGACAACCCCGCGUUUGAUUCCAACGUAAAGGUGCGACAGCACGAUAACAUGGAAAAGUCUAUCGAUGACGUUGUCGAUACAAAGGUUGAAUUGCAGGACGAUGUAUUUGAAGAUAGCAGAAAGGAGUCUAAUAUAGAUAGAAAACAGAGACAUGUUGUUAUUGAAGAUGUUACUAGUGCAUCCACAGAAAGUGGUAUUGAUUUGAAGGAGGACUUACACGAUAAUAGCACAGAAUCAGUUGACGACAAUAUAGAAAAUAGGACCAAUGACGCGGUAGAUGUAAUAUCAAUUGCUUCGAGUCGGAGCAGUUCAAGUGGAACUGAUUUAGACAAAGUUUAUCAAAAUGCAAAUGAAGCAGAGAUGAUUGCCGUCGCAACAUUAAACUAAACAACAGAACCCCUGUAGGGCAAUACACUGAACUUGAAAAAAACUACAUCUCAGGAACAUAAUUAUCAAAUUUAAAUAUCAGUUUCACAAAAACAAUUAUGAUUUCAAACGGAAUAAAUACUCAUUUUGAUAAGUGUCUCUAGAAUCUAGUUUCACAACUAACUUGCUCUGUCGUGAUCUCUGAUACUUUGGUUUAUGUUUCAUCAUCAUUCUGU